AUGACCAUGGUCGAAUCUCAGGAGCGCUACAAUCUCCGCGAGGCCCUGAGGCUACUGAAUCAGGACCUCAAUCAGGCCCCCGGGAAGCAACGAUUUGAUUCGGAGCAACUUAAAGCCCUCAGCAUCUCUGUCCAACCUAUGUCACUCGAUAGGAACUCGAAUGACCAUCCCCGCUUCUUCGCGCCAUAUGCCAAGGCGCCGGCUCUCAGUUCUGAGACCAUCAAAGAGCUUAAGGUUACUGGGAUGAGCAUGUCUUAUGAUAAGAUGCGCUGCGACAGCCGAAACAUGACAAAAAAAGACUGGCCCUGGUUCGAUAUAGCUAAUGGCGCAGAAUCAUCGGAGGCAAUGGAAGUAUCAGUCGCCGCCUAUGGCGAAUUGCCUCAAAUCAAGGCAGUCAUCCUUGUCAACGCCGAAGGGGACAACAAGAAGUUCUUUCGUGGAGAGAUUAUGACUGUCCUUCGUCUGAUUAUCUAUCAGAUGGGCCAAAGACGAUUGAUCAAGCAUAUGAAGUUACCUGUACAAAUUCCCCCCAUUCUCGUUAUUCAUCAACCUCAAGAACUAACCCUAAUUUGA